AUGUUUGAUCCUCUUGAUCUGUAUACCGCCAAGGAGGCGAAGGAAGAGGGCCAGUGUGAGGAGAUAGUGGGAAAUGGUCACGCAAACCAUCGUGCUAGCGACGAAAUUGAUGUCGACGAUGCUGAGGGAGAAGUAGAAGACCAUGGCUUUUUAGACGUUCUUGACUUACCUCCGGCGUAUUUAGCGACCCCGCAGGUGUUGCUUUGCGUGCUGGGUCUGUUACAGCCAGCCACUCAAGUCAACUUUAGCGAUAUAAACCGUGAUCGUGAUGCAUCGGUGUCAGUUAUUUGCCAGGAGAAACAUAUACCAUUAGAGUAUCUUGAGCAGGCUGUCCGUUACUAUUCUCAGCAGUGUCCAAACGCUGAUCUGAACAGCGCUUCGAAAAUAUGCUCCAGAAUUCCACAAAUGGCAGUGACGCAUGGGGCUUUAAUGCUCCCUUACUAUACCUCGGUCUUGAAGUAUUAUGAGGAUAGGGACCAUCUUUUGCGAGACGAGAUCAUCAGACAGGCGAGCUUAAGAAUUGCUGAGAGCUGCGGACGCAGCGCUCAGCCUUCAAUGACCCGACAGUUUACCUUUGACUGUCUGGAACGCUCUAUUAACAUUCACGAGCCAUCUCUCACAGCGGAUAAUCUCGGCUGGAAGACUUGGGGUUCUUCUUUCAUCCUCUCUCAAAAACUCAUUAAUAGGCUCCAUCAAGGGCACUUUAAAUCUCCGUUGAGGGUACUUGAACUAGGUUCUGGAACUGGCUUGGCAGGCAUCUCAUGGCUAGCAAAAUGGGUCGAACUUCAUGGCGAAGAGGGCAUCGAAAUGUUCCUGACAGACCUUCCAGAGAUCAUCUCCAACUUGCGCAAAAACGCAGACAUCAACCGACUGAAUAAUAUUGCCAAAGUGGCAGCGUUGGACUGGACAAACCCGUCACAUUUCAUCGAAAUGCAUUCUAGUAAGACUUUUGAUGUCGUAAUAGUUUCAGAUCCAAUAUAUUCCCCGGAUCAUCCAGAGUUGGUGGUCAGUAUCAUUGAGAGGUUCUUAUCUGAGCAAGGGACGUGCUUUUUGGAGAUUCCUGCUAGAGCCAGAUAUGCCGCUGAGAGAAGGCGAUUACGUCGAUUGCUCGAGGACCGAAAAUUCACCAUAAUCCGGGAAGAGGUUGACCAAGGUCUUGAAGACUGGGGGAUGGUCGAGUAUCUGUUUCUAGAAAUUAAACAUAAAUAG